AUGAAUGGUUCACUGCUUUUUGUUUCAAGCAUCAUCAUACUGAUAGAUGUGGUGAACGGCUGUCCCCCCACAUGUCUAUGUCAUCCAAUUUCACAGACAGUGGACUGCAGAAAUCGAGGACUUGCUGAAGUUCCUUCCCACUUACCUGCUGGAACUCAAAUAUUAUUUUUGUCAAACAAUGACAUCCAGAGACUCAGUCAAAGGACCUUUAGGGGCACAAAGACUCUCAAAGUUCUGGACUUAUCUAAUAAUUCUAUUUCGGGUUUAUUACCUGAAACAUUUAAAGGACUGGAACAUUUGCAGAUUCUAAAUCUAACAAAUAAUUUCAUUACAUAUGUAGAUAAUAAGACUUUUAGCUCUCUACCACAUCUAAGAGAACUAGAUUUAUCAUCAAACAAUAUAUCAAGGCUUCCUAGAACACUAGGAAACAAGACAGAGAACAUUACUUUAUUAUCUUUGAAAUAUAACCAACUUCAGGAAGUUGACAGAGUUCUGUUAGAAUCACUGCCAAAUCUGAAAAUGAUUCUUUUCAAGGGUAAUUUCUGGCAAUGCAAUUGUCAAAUCGUUGGGCUUAAAUUAUGGCUGGAAAGCUUUCUGUACAACGGAGGAAUUAGCGAUGAAGUCAUCUGUUCAAUCCCUGAAAACCGGAAGGGAAAGGACCUCCUCAAAAUUCCAUACGAGCUGUAUGGGACCUGUCCCCCUACAGCUUCUCACGUUCACCACGUUUGUUGGCAUCACAACUCUGAGCAUAAAGGUUCUGUGAAGCACACCCACCCCAGUGAAUAUGGAGGAAAUAGUACCCGCGCAAACUGUGAACCUAAAUCAAAGCCACGGCCCGCUAGCUUGCGUCAUUCAGUUGCCACUGUGGCUAUAACUGGUGUUGUCUGUGGGAUCAUAUGCCUCAUGAUGUUGGCUGCUGCAGUGUAUGGCUGUGCCUAUGCUGUAAUUACAGCAAAAUAUCACCAGGAAAAUUCAUACCCUGGCAAGGAGCAGGGGAGUUGUGAAGAAAAAGAGCCAUUUGAGAAUUCAUUGGCUUGA